AUGAGUCACUCUCGAGCUCGAAGUACAAGCUGUCGAAGAUCUUUCGACAUAGAUCCUACUUAUCUCAAGCUUCAAAUCGCUUUAAAAGAAUGCGAAGAGUUAAAAGAAACAGUCACCUUUGUCGAAUACUAUUUAGCCAAAUCUAAAUCUGAUUCAAAAAAUCUCACAAUCUCUCUUCAGUCCUCAGAAGCUUUUUCCAAAGAACUCAAAGAAAAACUUAAGUCCCAAAUUCUCUUAAACACAAAUUUAAACAGAGAAAACAGCACACUCCACUCAGAAAUCGAAAAAUUGAAAUCUCAAAUAGUCCUUGAGAAAGAAAAUCUGAGUUCAAAUUCCAAUAAAUGAGAAGUCGAAAAGCAAGUGUUAAAUGAAAAAAUCAGAAGUCUUCAAGAAACCUUGACUAUGGCAAGAGAAGAAAUCGAUAUGUACAGAAGGAAAAAAUUCUUAAAUAAAACCAAAUUAAUUACGUUAAUGCAAAAAGUAACUGGCGAUUGGACAAUUAUGCCUGUUGCUGAAAUAGAAGACACAGAAAGGAAUUGUGACUCUUCAAUAGAGUUUUGUUCAAAGGUGCCAAGGCUCAAAAAGGAAAUAACGCGCUUGGCGAAUGAUAACGACAAAUUAGCAAAAAUUAUCCAAAAAUCUCCAGGGCUUGAAUAUUUUGCUGACUCCCCCCAUCCUUGAUCAAACGGCCCGCCAUCGUUCGAUCAAGGAUGGGUUAAAAACAAUUUUAGAAAAUAAAUUUUAUAUAUAUAAAAAUUUGCAUGAUAUGAAAAUCGUUCGAUCAAGGAUGGGGGGCUAAUUUUCCCAGUUUUUAGGAAAUUUUACAGUCAAUCGUUCGAUCAAGGAUGGGGGGAAGUGAGCUUCAAAUUGAUUCAGGAAAUGUGACAUAUAACAAUGAAAAAGCCAAAUGCAGGAAAAAGAGCUGUGGCGCUAACUCAGGGACUUUUAUAGGGGAUGAUUGAAUUCCUCUUCCUGUUUAUAAUGCAGUUAGAGAUUUUAAUUCAGCCUAUGAUGACCCAAUACUGAAUGCUGCUCUAAAUCAGCUUUUGGUGAAGCUUAAUUUAAUCUGGCAAAAAAGAGAAACGAUAAAAGUGGAAAGAGAAAAAGAAAAAGCUACAAAAUUCAUCAAAAAAAUGAAAAGCAAGGCUUUUUCGCUGAGCCAAACUCCUAGUUCUUUGAGAAAAACAUUAAAGCCUACAAAUAAAAAAUGCUGUUAUUGUCAAAGCAAUGAUACAUAUACGGAUAAAACAGAAAUUUCCAGGAAAAUAAAAGACAGAUAUGAAGAUGUGUCAAAAGCAUUGGAAGUGAUGAUAAAAGAGUAUUUCGAUAUUAAAACCAAAAAUAUUUAAUUAUAGCUGAUAAGGUUUUUCAGUUCAGAAAUAUUCCCCGAUGCAGAGCCUGAAUUUCAGUAAUACAGAGCUAGCCCUAAUCCGCUUUCAAGGUUGGAUUUUUUAAUCCUGGAAAGCGGAGUUUGGAGUUGGAAAUGGAUUUCCCAGCAAAGCCUGAGGCCAUUUGCCGAUGGCAGGAAAUGCCAAGACCAAUCGGACAAUUUUCCAAUGAGGAACCAAGAGUUACGCCUUGGACUUCAAGUUUCCACUUUUGCCGAGCGUCGACCUGAAUUUCAAUUUUUUUUGAAUUUCUGUGAGAGACAUGCAUUCAGCUUAACUUAACUUAUUAACCAUCACGUUUAACGUCUCCUACGGGGUUGCUCUUCCAGGACUACCACCACGCUCUCGUCGCUCGGGGCCCACUAGUUGCUGGGACAACUAGCUUUGAUCUCCAACGUGGGCCUCCUGCGCAAUGUUCCGGCUUCGACGACUCAUGAAUGAGCUACUUUCUCUGUAACGAGGGUUGUCUGCUGGGAAAUUCCAAAAAAUGGGAUUUCUGGCUGACUUUCGGCAAAAAGGGGAAAACUUGUAGCCCGGGGGGCGAAACUCCCGGUUUCUCGCUAGAGAUUUGCCCGAAUGGCCUAGGGAUUACCUGUAGGCGCUGCUGGGCUUCUCCUUUCCAACUCCAAGCCUCCUCUUCCCUCGAGGUAAAAUCCUAACCCGAGAACGGACUGGGAUCAGGCUCUGUACACUGCCAGAAUUGCUUACCUGAUAUUGCUGUCCAUCUCUAGCUAGGCAAAACCUUGCCGGAUAUAAUUAAAUAGGGCUUGAAACUGUCUGGCCGAGAGGCCAGACCCAAGUUGAGACGCCAUAUUUAAUUAUGACAUGCAUUCAGCACUCAGAAAUUGGAGCUGGAGGUGUCCUCAUCAAGCCACAAUUUCGGAUGUCCAUGGCAUCAGGGUUUGAAAGAGGAGCAAGUCAAUUUUCAGACUCGCUGCUUGAAACGAAGAGUUGCUUGCUGACAGGGAUAUCGAAAAGCAGAUAAAUCCAUAGGAAUUUUUGGUGAGCGCGAAAUCAAAAAAGCCUAGCCUACCUGCUAAUUAAGGCUAAGAUUAAGAUAUUAAAGACAGGAGCCCAACAUCUGCUAGAAGGGAUGAAGAAUGUUUGAUAGUCUCAAUCUUAGGUGUCUUAGGAGAGUUCACUGAUAAUUUAAUAUCUAUACUUUAA